AUGCGACCUCGUCAUACAGCGCCAGAAGUGGUUCCCUCUGACAUCGAAGGGGGUGGCAACAGCUAUGGCAAGACCAUCUCCAUGGCAGGUUCUGGUGGCCGACCCAUAAUCCAACCGUUCGAGGGCCACGGAGGUGGCGACGGCAAGUCGAAGGGCCGCAGGGGGAUGGCCAUGGACAAAGAGCUUCUGCAGAAGGUGGGACUGGGAGUCGGAGGAGUCUGGCUUCUUGGUUGGCUGCUGCUCGGGUGGGACGUGAUGUGGCCUCUGUACUUGGUAUAUGACUUGUUUCUCUACAUCUUGUCCUUCCCGCCAUUCUCCUGGUUCUCCUGGAUGUUUGGUGGCUGGAUCUCUCGAGGGGCGCCGGUUCUGAACCAUGGGCAGCCUAUAGAGGAGGCAACGCUGCCUGCAGGACAGGUGUCUCAGUAUGUCAAUAGCUACGUGCAGCAGUACGGCGACGCUGCUUUGAUCUUCGCAACGAACGAUGGGUAUCCCCAGAUUGUGAAGGAGCUCAUCUACAACGAGGAUCUGGGCUACAGGGACCUUGCGGAUGCACGCGAUGACAGUGGGAACACAGCCUUGAUCUACGCAGCCGCAAAGGGUUUCCGGCAGUGCACAGCAGCCCUGCUCCGGGCCGGUGCCGAUCCAGAGCUGCCCAACCAGGGCAACGGUGGUCGAACCCCUCUGAUGGAGGCAGCAGGUGGAGGAUACAAAGACAUUGUUUCGGCUUUGCGCAUGAUGCCUAAAAUUUCAGUCGAUCUGGCUGAUGAUCAUGGCAAUACGGCCCUGCACUAUGCCGCCUAUCACGGCCAUCUUGCAGUUGUAAUGGAGCUGCUGAAAAGCAACCCCAACAAGGACCUCAAAAACAUCUAUGGUCACACUGCAGCGAGUUACGCUGCUUCCAACAAGUUCAAGGGCAUAGCCGACGUCCUGAACAGGGCCGAUCCAGCCAGAUCACAAAGGAGAGCCCAGGAGAAGGAGAAAGCAGAUGAAGAGGCCGCCAAGGAAAUUGAAGACAAGAUCCGCGAGCAUUUGAAUCAGCUGAAGUCGAAGCAGGAUCAUGAAGAGAAGGGCAAACAUGUCAAGGGAAAGGCUGAGAACCUGCAUGACCGUGAUGCAGAGGCUCUCCAGGCCCAAGGCACGGUGCCUGGGCGCCGAUCUGUGGCUUACCUCUCGGAGCCCGUGACCGCACGCUGGGCACAUGGCCAGGGCACCGGCACAGCUUCGCCAGGUCCAGCCUCCCUUGUGCAGCCAUGGCCGCUACCACCACAGGCGCAGCCACAGCAACCACCCCAGCAAGCCUGCCAAAGUGAGCCCCAGGACGUCAGGAACGCUCCCUCAUGCGACCCCUCCACGAAGCCCGCAGGAUCAGCUCCGGAAGGAGUCGACACAGAGGCAGCCAUCGUUGAUCUCAAAGAGCAGAUCGGUGGAUUGCGUAAAGAGCUCCAUGCUGUUCGCAGCAACUUGGAUGCUCAGCUGCGGAAGGAGCAGCCCCAGCUCGGUGCAUUGCGCCAGCGGGUGAACUCACUUUGCUCUGAACUGGCCGACUGUGGCACUGAAGCUCUGAAGAUGUGCUCGGAUCUCGGACACCGAGCUGCCGGUGAUGCUGUUCUGCGAAGCCGCAGUGCUCCGGGAGGCCAUGUGUGGCGGAGGCCAUCAGGCUGCCCACAAGCGCGGGGGAAUCCUGCUAUCAGGCUUUCGACGGGGCCAGCAGUGUACUCGUGCAUUCCGGCAACACUGUCUCCUCGCAUGCUGCGAGCAGCACCAAACGCCAAUGCCGCAGAACCGAUCACUAGUGGAGUCGCACGACGCAGCAGCGGACGCACAGAUGGGAGCAAUCUUCCAUCUCGAGCCCAAAGCGCGAACUCUGUGAAUGUGAUGACGGCGAACACAAAUGCACAAAGCCUUCCCCGAAACGAGAGUACUAGCAGCUUCGUUUUGACUGCCAAGCCGAUGCAAGUUCGGACCUCCGCGGUGUCCACAUUGGCUGCGCCGCACGCCCCACCAUCUCCGAAAGAGACGGUGCCGGCGAAAGCCACAAGAGCUUGGUCACCAAAUCCUGUUCCAGGAUCCCUGACACCGGAGAUUCUGCGACAGGCAUCUGCGAAAUCGGUGGCUUCCGACGGAGCUACCUGCCACAACUGCGGCAAUCGCCUGCCCCCUGACGCUCCCUAUUGUCGGUUUUGUGGUUUGGGGCGAUAUCGCGCAAGAGCAGCAAGGCAUUCAGUAUACCCUAGCUCUGAAGCAGAGGAUGCGGCAGCUGGAAUCAAUGAUGAUGCGCUGCGUGAAGAGGUGGUCAAGCAGUUGCACGAAAUGGCCCUGAACUCGGCAGAGAACGCUCGCAUGAGUGAUCGCCUCGUCUCCGCGGGCUUCGGUCCGAUCAGCAUGCCGCAGGCUGUGCCGGCUGCGUCACGUGAAGCUGUGCAGGGCACGCAGCCCGAGGAGCAGGAGGCGUGCCAUGGAGCCUGUGCGAGAAGGGUCCCCAUUGGGCCAGUCGGCUUUGUGGCACAAGCCGGGCAGGAUUCCUGCAACAAUGAAGGAUGCCGGAAUGACAGGCCAAUGGUCGCCAAGACGUCCCUCUCAGCACUGGACCUCUCGGCGCUCAAAGUUCGCCAAGGAGGCACGCAGAGUCCUACGCAUAGUGCUAUGCACGACUUUGAGCCCUCCAUAGAGAAAGACGAUGGCGUCUCGGAGUCUGAACGAAAGGCCCUGGAGGAGCAGCUGACCCGACUUCGACGACAGCACGAAGAGGCUGAGCUGAAGUCACAGAAGAAGAUAGUUGAGCUGCUCGAGAAGACUUCUGAGCAGCAGCGCGCGCUGGACGAAGCCAAGGACAAGCAUCGUGAGUUCCAGCUCAACCAUACAGAACUCCAGUUCAAGGUUGAUGAGCUUGAGACGAAGCAUCGCGCCAGCGUCCUCAAAGCGCAGGAGGAGGCCGACAGGGCGAAGGACUUGGCAGACAAGCACCAGGAGGUGAAGCAAGAGCUCGAGCGGCACAAGCAGCGGGCCGAAGCUCUGGAAAAGGAGCGCGACCAGCAAGAAGAAGUUGCCAGACGUCACCAGGAGCAUGCUCAACAGGCGCACCAAGAGGUCACUGAGCACCUCAGCAAGCUGGAGGAGCAUCAAAAGGAGAUGGUGGCUUUGAGAGAGCAGCUCAAGCUCCAGUCUCAGAGCUCGCGACGGCUCGCGACGGUUCUCGCGACGGUUCUCGCGCCGGCUCACGCGUGGAAGGACCGCCUCGGAGGAGAAGAAGCGGGAGGAGGAGAGAAUCCAGCAGAUGCAGGAAGAACUUCGCAGGCCUUAGCGGAUGCAGAGAGCAGGAAGAGCCGACUUCUGUCAUUUGCAGCUUCAGCUUCGGCUUUCAUGCUCCUGGCGCAGAAGCUGCUUUUCCUCCUCCUUGUGAGCGGGGUAGCUUUCAGGGAAAGCAAUGAUCGAAGCCUCGGGAAAGCUUGGACUCCACCGGGUGGUGAAGAUGUAUUUUCCAUUAUGAAUGUCAGCAGCCUUGCGAUUUUGGACAAGUUGCCAGAGCAAGUGAAUACUUUUCUCUUGGAAGUUCGCAUCGCUGGCUGGGGGCCUCGCCAAGGGUUGGCUUUUGGCUCUAAGCCAGACAUGCAGGAAAGAGCUGAUGGACUUGUCCGCUGGUUCGAGGGGUUGAAGGAGAAUGAGGUUCCAGAUGUCGUCGUGUUCAACGAAAUUUUCUCCAAAGCUGCAAGCACGAUCUUCAGACGUCUCUGUAACCCGCAAUGGAGGCGGAAUGGACAGUAUGCGAAAGACAAUGUUCUCACCUGCAGCACCGCUGGGCACUUCGGCUUUGCCACGAGAGUGCUGAAUCCAGCUGGAUGGGUGAAAAUUUCAGGUGGGGUAGUGAUCAUGGUGCGGAAGGGGCUGUACAUAUCAGAUUUCCACGAGGAGGCUUACGUCGAUCAUGAUUUCGAAGACGGCAUGUCGCAGAAGGGCUUCAUGCGUGUUCGAGUUGGGCAUCCUUCCAUCGGAGAUGUGUGGGUUAUCGGAUCCCACGUGCAAGCGUGGCCCCAGAAUGCUGGUAUUCGCGUAAAGCAGUGGAAACAAAUGUGGAGACACAUUGACACGACGAUUCCAAAGGGCUCCAAGCUGGUCAUUGCAGGAGACAUGAACACGGAGAUGUCAGAAAUUGAAACAAUGAAGACAGUACUUCAUUCAGAGAGCUCGCCUCUCGACGAGUCCGGUUUCUGGCUCCCACUGCGGACGCGGCUUCCAUACAGCUCGUACGGUGGCGGUGGGCAGAAUGCAUAUCUGCACUACGAUCACCAGGAAACCCAUGAAAAGAGUCCACAUGAUCAAAUCAUGUACGUGUCAGAUGGGAAUAGGUAUGUGAGCCCGAAAAGCAUGAGAUGGCAAUACUUGCCCAUGAAGUCUGAUGUCUGCUUUCCCAGCGCGAUAACCAUGCCGAACAUCUCUGUGGAUGACCUGUCUGACCACUAUGCUGCUUAUGCUCAGCUGUGUUACGGCAGCCGCUGUCAAAUUCAGCAGUUAUCAGGGCAUCGCGGAUUCAGCGGCAUAGGCUUGGGCGAUGAGAUACGCUGUUGUGCUGGGCGGGGCGUGGUAGCUGGCAAGUGCUUCGACUGGGCGCCUGGUGGAGUGCACGCCGGGCAGAUUGGGCUCAGCACCUCAAAGUUCUGCACGAAAUCCGGGAAGUACCCUUGCACGACCAAAGUGCAAGCUGAGAGCAUCGAAGAUUGCUAUGUGAAACUGGCCGAGAUGGAUCUUCCAUACAGCCUUAUCAAGCUGCGUGGUGGUGGAAACGCAGGUUCGCUCGUUUUCGAGGGUGACGCAGGGGAACAGAAGCGAAUUCCGGAUGCUGAGUUGAAGCUGUGCGCGUGGAGCCAUGUCAAUGUGUUCUGUGAGGACGGAGAGUCCCGUGGCAGAGCCAGAGAUCGCGGCUGUCGCAGCCGAUGCUCCGGAGGACAAGAGCUGAGGCUUCCUCGUGUCCUGAGGCAAAUGGCUUCCGGCCUAUGGAAUGACUUGAAAGGCCAAGUGCCCAAAAUGAAAUCUACACAUUUGCGGACCCUGAUGCAGGAUCAGGCCCGCAACGACUCCAUGUUUGUCCAGAGCGGGCAAGUAGUUCUCGACUAUUGUCGCCAAAAGGUCGACAGUGAGACCAUGUCAAAACUCUUCGAUCUAGCCGAGAAGGCUGGUGUCGAGCAGAGGAAGGCAAAGAUGUUUGCAGGCGAGCGCAUCAAUCAGACCGAAGGCAGAGCAGUUCUUCACCCAGCACUGCGAGCGCCUCGCAGUGCGUCCAUCCCCUUGGAUGGACAGAAUGUGGUGCCAGAGGUCUGGAAAGUCUUGGAUGCCAUGAAAGGAUUCUCCGACAAGGUUCGCUCAGGAGAAUGGAAAGGCUUCACUGGAAAACCAUUGACAGACGUGGUCUGUAUUGGGAUCGGCGGCUCUUACUUGGGUGUGGAGUUCGUCUACGAAGCGCUGAAAACAGAUCCGGAGGCAGCGGCAGCGGCUCAGGGUCGGAAGCUUCGCUUCCUGGCGAAUGUGGACCCUAUCGACGUCCAGCGGGCUUUGGAAGGGCUCAAUGCCGAGACGACCCUGGUCGUCAUCAUCUCGAAGACAUUUACAACAGCUGAGACGAUGCUUAAUGCCAAGACAGUCAAGGCAUGGCUCGUGAAGGAGCUUGGCAGCGCAGACUGCGUCGCGAAACACGUCGUGGCAUGCUCCACUGCUCUCGACAAGACCCAGGCCUUCGGCAUCGACUCGAACAAUGUCUUCGGCUUCUGGGACUGGGUCGGCGGACGCUUCUCGGUUUGGAGCGCCGUGGGUGUCCUCGCGUUGUCGCUGCAGUAUGGUUUCGGCAUCGUCAACCAGUUCCUGGAAGGAGGGCAUGCCAUGGAUCAGCACUUCCAGAAGGCACCUGCCAAAGAAAACCUUCCACUGAUCAUUGGGCUACUGGACGUCUGGAACUGCAGCAUGAUGGGGCACGAGGGCGUUGCUAUUCUGCCCUACUGCCAGGCCCUGGUGCGUUUCGUGCCUCACAUCCAGCAGUUGGAUAUGGAAAGUAAUGGUAAACGUGUGCAGAUGGAUGGGAGCGAGGUGCCGGUCGGAACCGGCGCUAUUAACUUCGGUGAGCCUGGCACGAACGGCCAGCACUCGUUCUACCAGCUUAUGCACCAGGGCCGAGUAAUCCCAUCUCACUUCAUUGGAUUCGCGGCUUCGCAAAACCCAGUUGAGCUGCCUGGCGAAGCGGUUUCCAAUCACGACGAGCUAAUGUCAAACUUCUUCGCCCAGCCAGAUGCACUGGCUCUGGGGAAGACGGCCGAAGAGCUGAAGGCAGAUGGGAUCCCAGAGAAGCUCGUUGCGCACAAGACAUUCCCAGGGGACAGGCCGUCGCUGUCCUUGCUGCUGCCGGUCUGCAAUGCACACUGGCUGGGGCAGCUCUUGGCCCUCUACGAGCACCGCACUGCUGUGCAAGGCUGGUUGUGGGAUAUUAACUCGUUCGACCAGUGGGGUGUCGAACUCGGGAAAGUCUUGGCCAAGGAGGUACGCGGAUACUUGAGCCAGGCGAGGAAAGGAUCGGCAGAUGACUCCAAGUUUUUGACUCCAACAAAGAAGCUUCUGGCGAAGUACCUCGAAUAG